CUUGUGUCUCAGUUCAGAACACAACGCAGAGUGAACGGUCUCUGAUGCUGCAGCGGAGUUUCAACGACAGAAAUCGUCUCUCUUCCUCAAACAUUGAUUUGAUCAUUAAAUGAGGCUUUCUUUGAAGAUUUGAGACAGAUUCAAAGGCAGUUGUUUCUCUGAUUUUCACUUUUGACGAAGGUCUUCUAGUCAUUUCCUCAAACGGAGCGAGAGAAUGAUGAACUGCGGUCUUCUCUCAGAGAAAAAUGUGUCUGUGCCUCUGAAGAGCAUCUCAGUGGAGGUUCUGGUUCAGGAUCAUGUAGCCACAGUCUCCUCCACUCUGCAGUAUGUGAAUGAGGAAGAGCGCCCCCUGGAGGCCUUGUUCGUCUUCCCUCUGCCUGCUGAUGCUGCUGUCUGCCACUUCAGUGCCAAGAUCGGAGAGCAGGAGAUUGUGGCAGAGGUGCAGGACAGAGAAACCGCGAGGGAUCGGUAUGAUGACGCUGUGAGUUCGGGUCAGCAGGCGUUUCUGUUGGAAGAGAGCGCAGAGAGUCCUGAUGUGUUCAGACUGAGUGUCGGGUGUCUGUCGGCGGGUCAGAAUGCUGCCGUCACCAUCAUCUACGUCACCGAGCUCGCUGUGCAGGCCGACCACUCGCUGCGCUUCUGUCUGCCGGCUGUACUCAACCCCCGAUACACACCAGCAGGUUCAGCUGCUGGUAUAGUCUCAGAGAUUUCAUCAGGAGCUGUUCCCUACACGCUGACUCUCAGUGUUCAUGUGAGCUCUCCAAAGUCCAUCUCCAAACUAGAGUCCAACUGCACUCUGGGUCCUCUAGUGUUCCUCCACUCUGAUCACACUCAGGCUACGGUGAAUCUGAGUCCUGGUCACAUGUUUGAUAAGGACGUUGAGCUGUUUGUGUACUAUCAGGAUACCCAUCAGCCCUCUGCUAUAGUGGAGGCAGGAGUGACCACUGCUCCACCAGGUUCUCUGAUGAGGGACCCAGUGGUCAUGAUAAGUUUGUACCCAGAAUUCCCAGAGGAAGUGAUGUCAUCAUUGGCAUCUCGAGGCGAGUUUGUUUUUGUGAUUGACAGAUCAGGCAGUAUGGGCAGCAUGAUGAAUAAUGGGAAAGGAGCACAGAAUCGAAUUGAAAGCGCAAAGGACACUCUGCUGUUACUGUUGAAGAGUCUGCCCAUGGGAUGCUACUUCAAUAUCUAUGGAUUUGGCUCUAAUUUUGAGUCCUUCUUCCCUAAAAGUACCGUGUACAAACAGAAAACAAUGGAUCAGGCUCUGAAGAGAGUGAAGGAAAUGCAAGCAGACAUGGGCGGCACAGAGAUUUUACAGCCUCUAAAACACAUCUACAGUCAGCCCUGUUACCCCGAUCACCCCAGACAGCUGUUCGUCUUCACUGAUGGAGAGGUGGUAGACACUAAAGCGGUGCUGGAUCUGGUGAAAAGUCACGCUCACUCUCACAGGUGUUUCUCAUUGGGGAUUGGUGAGGGUGCGAGUGCCGCCCUCAUCACAGGAAUGGCCAGGGAGGGAUCUGGUCACGCUCAGUUCAUCACAGACACCGACCGCAUGCAGCCCAAAGUGAUGCAGUCACUUAGGUUUGCGCUGCAGCCCACUGUGCUUAAUAUCUCUGUGGAUUGGACCCUUCCAGAUGAUGUUACUGUUGACACACUGUCUCCACCCAUCAAUGUGCUCUUCCAGGGUCAAAGGACACUCAUUUAUGCCCAACUUAAAGGAGAAAGUUCGGGAGGCUCUGAGGGAGCAGUGACAGUCAAAUACAGUCUUAAAGAUCAACCAGUAACAAACCAGCUCCACUUCUGCCUCAAAUCAACAGAGGAAACACAGUUGUCUAUUCACCGGCUGGCGGCUCGGACCCUGAUCCGUUCUCUGGAGCAGAAGGAGAGGUCAGGUGCUGCAGAUGUUGAGGGCAUCAGGAGCAGGAUGGUGGAGCUCAGUGUUCAGGCAGGAGUGAGCUGUGUUCAUACAGCCUUCAUUGCUGUGAAUAAAGACAGCAGACAGACUGUGAAAGGACCACUGGUGAAGAGAAGAGUACGGACACGCGGGUCACAACAGUGGAAUUUACAGUCACCGAUGAACUUGAAGUGCAUAUCAAGUUUAAAGAGUGUUCAACCAUGUUUUUCAACAUAUGGGAAAGCCCGGUCUAGCAAUCAUGAUCUGGGCAGAAAUGAUGACUGCUAUUCAACAUUGAAGAAUAUUAAGUAUGGAGCCUUGCAUGCUUCUGCUCCGUCAGAAUACUCUAUUCUAAACUCUAGGCCAAUCCGGGCUGAGAGGAACAAAAGACAUAGCCUGUUACUGCCAGCUCAGUCGGUCGAUAGAUGUAGCCUGUUACUGCCAGAUGCACGAACUGCUCAGCCAGAGACCUCUGUACGUUCUAAGUGUAGGUCACUGGUGGAGAUGGAUUACGGAGACUUCUCUGAUGCACGAACUGCUCAACCACCGCCGUCUGAACGAACUAAAUCUAAAUCACUGCUGGGGAAACUGCGUCAAGCUCUGUCUCGUAAACACGUUGUAGCAGAUUCCCAAAAGUUGAAAUGCUCAGAGAAGGAUGUUUAUUCAGCAUUGGUAACGGAGAACCCGUUACUGCAGCUGGUUUCUCUGCAAAAGGCGUCAGGCUGCUGGGAUCUGGACGCCACCCUGGCUGAUGUGUUUGGGAAGACGGAGGAUGAGCUGACCAAUCAGAAACCAGCACAGGUGGAUGGGUCAGUAUGGGCCACUCUCCUGGCUCUGAUCUGGUUAUACGGCUGUAAAAUAGAGCAGCAGGUGGAGUGGCAGUUUGUGGCCAUGAAGGCAGCGUCAUGGAUCGGUUCUCAGAAAGUGGGAGAUCUGUCUCAGUGUGUGUGUGUGGGGAAUGUCCUGCUCGGAUGUCAGGUGACCAAAGAGACUCUGGGAAUCUGAAGACGUCAGUGUUUCUACAUCCUGAUCCGUCAGAAGACCAAAGAACCCUUUGUGUUUAAUUAACCAUUUCAGUGAGGGUUUUAUUAAACUUGUGUUCUUUAUUAGCUUAAAUCAAGACCAUGUUAUUAUACCGCAUAUUUUAAAGCUCAUAUGGAAAUGUUUUGAAAUG